UAUAACUCUCAUGGCAAUAAAGAGGGAAUAAUGUAUUUUGGCAGCAAGAGGUGAUAGAACCGAAGCGAUAACGUUCAAUAAAACCGAUACAUUCAUCACCCAUUUCGCGGAAAGAAGUUCUGACAUUCUUCCAGCAGGUACAUUGGUAUAAUCGCAGGGUAAUUAAGAUUUUUAAUCUGUUCUAAUUUUUGGCUAUUAAGAAAUCAAGAAUGUCUACGUGUUGAUUGACAUGUUCAUGGUUGCAUUGCUUUUCAUCGCAAAGUAUCUUUUUGAGUAGGAAAUACUACAAGAAUUUUUUUUCUGACUUGUGAAAUAUAACUUUAAUAGUCCACUGACGGAAGAUUAUUUUGAGAACGAGACAAAAAUACGUCAUAGCAACACACAGAAACGAGAACUCCAUCUAAAAAUAAUUGAUCGAACACCGAUGAUUAGUCAAAUUUAAAAACAAAAAAAAACGUCUACAAAAUUAUUAAGUAUCAAUAAUUAGAAAUAAUAUUGAGAUCAUCAUGGAUUCAAAACAACCUUCGCACGUGAUGUUGACUAGAAGGGUUGAUCGUUGAUGAAACUAAUUUAUGUACCAAUUUUGCUAUGAGUCCCGGAUGCUACUUAUAAAACUACAAAUAUAUGAUGGGGAAUUUAGUCUUCCUUGCAACUUUGCUUCAGAAUGAUAGGAUUUUCUUUAUCACGAUAUUUGACCGUCGUCAUCAUUUUUUGGACAAUUUUCUUCAACUUAAAUGCAGCAACAUUAAAUGAAACGAAAAAUGAAAUCCCAGGAAGAAUUUCCCUCUUGAGGGAUAAAAUGCGAUUUCAUAAUUUAUCAGCUUAUAUAGUUACAAACAUUGAUGAACAUCAGAAUGAUUACAUUGUUGCUGAACGAGACAAAAGGAGAGACUGGAUUUCUGGUUUUUCGGGUUUUCAAGGAGACGUUGUAGUGACAAUGAACAAAACAGCACUCUGGACAUUGGGUUCCUUAUUUUAUUUAGCGAAACAAGAAAUUCCUGAUGAUUGGCUCUUAAUGGAAUCAUAUCCUUCUUUGAAUGGUAAAUAUUUGCCAUUAGAGGUUUGGCUGUCAAAAGAACUUGAUUAUGGAAGUAGAGUUGGUGCAGAUCCUAAUGUUCCUUACUCUCAAUGGAAUGAUUGGGAUUCAAAAUUACGAUGGAAGAAUAUUACACUUGUACCAAUGGAGAAAAAUUUAAUUGAUUUAAUUUGGAUAAAUCAACCUGAAAAUGAGAAGUAUUACACAAAAAGAACUCCUAUGCUAAGUGGAAAGGAGUUCGGGAACCUGCAAAAAAUUCGCGAAGAUAUGAAACAAUUAAACUCCGAUCUCUACGUAAUUACGGAUCUUAGUGAAAUUUCUUGGAUAUUAAAUUUGAAAUAUGCGAAUAUUCAUAAUUUGCAGGCUUUUAAAUCACAUAUGCUGCUUGGACAAAAUUUCGCUAAUCUUUAUAUAUCACCAUAUACAUAUAUAGGAAGUGACCGUAAGCUAAAGCAUGUUGUAAAAUUGCAUUAUGAUCAAUUCUGGGAAGAUUUAAAAUCGUAUUCAGAAUUGGCAAAUGGAAUAUUACUUCCGAAAUCUUAUAACAAUGUCUUGGGAAUCAGUUACAAAAUAUUUCAAAUGGUACCGAGAGAAAAAAUUAGAAGCAAAGUUUCUCCAAUUCUUUUACGGAAGGACAAAAGGAAUUCCAACGAAAUUGAUCAUAUAAGACAACUACAUGUACAAAGUGCAUUUGAAAUGAUUAAAUGGAUGAUAAAAAUGGAAAAUGAGAUAAAAAAAGGCAAUUCGAUUACGGAAAUAGAUGCAAUAAAAUCUCUAAGCGAAACUUGUUCAAUUGAAAGUGGAUAUUGUUGUAGCAACAUUGAAAGCGUUGCCGGUUAUGGAUCAAAUUCAGCAAAUUUCUUCAAUGUUCUGAACAAAAAUUCGACAAUUCAAAUUGGUAUCGAUAAACCAUUUAUGAUAACGGCUGACGGACUAUACAGUGAUAUACAUGAUCAUUCUCAGUAUUUAAACACGCGAUUAGCGAGAACAUUUCAUUAUGGGACACCAAGCGAGGAACAUAAGACGGCAUACACGGCGCUUUUGGCAGGAAUUAUAAAUCUAAUGAAAUUAACAUUUCCGCUGGGAACUUCAGUUUGUAUGACUGAUAUUGUUAUUCAAAUGCCUCUUUAUAAAACUGGACAAGAAUAUGAAUACGAGACGGUUCAAGGAUUUGGACCCUUUUUAGGGAAAUAUGAAGGAUUCAAUGAUAUCUACGAUCUAAAUGUUAUUCGGCUUCAAAGCAUCGGUUAUCGUCAUAAAAGAGAGUGGGGAAUACUAUUGGAAAAUAUUGUCACUGUUAUUCCAGCCAACACUACGUUACAAUUUGAAAAACAAUUCAUGACCUUCGAAAUGAUUACUUUAGUGCCUUACGAAAGAAAUCUAAUUAAUCCGGAUCAACUCACGUAUGAACAGCUUGAGUGGUUAAAUAAUUAUCAUCAAGAAGUAAGGUUAAAAAUUAAUGAAUUUUUAAAAAAUGAAAAAUUCAAAGAUGUUAAACCAGAAAUAACAGAUGAAAUAACAAUAAAAAAAAUGAAAGAAGAAAUCCUUAAUUGGUUGUACGAAAGAACAAAGCCAAUCGAAAGAUUGAAAUCUGCUGCUAAAGAAAAUUGAUUAAUUUAUUUAUAAUUAUUAAAUUUUAAUUUAUUGCCGUAUAAUUUUAACUUUUGUAACAAUUAAAAUUUAUAAUUGUUGUAUAUUAUUGAGAAAUUCAAUUAAAUAUAUUAAAAUGUUAAAAGUAAAA